AUGAAAGAAAAAAUACUCAGUCCGGAGCAAGUGAAAGAACUCAUUGCCCACGGUAAAUGUAUUGUCAUCUUCGAGGAUAAUGUGCUUAAUUUGUCUUCAUGGAUCAAAUAUCAUCCUGGUGGAGACAAGGCUGUGUUUCACAUGGUGGGAAGAGAUGCCACUGAUGAAAUGUUAGCGUAUCAUGGAGAAGAGACCAUAUCAUCGUUUCUCAAAUGGAGAAUUGGAAAGAUCAAUUACAAAUGGAAAAAUCUCCUUCCUCCCAUCCAAGGUGGAAUUUACAGAUCUGGUGCGAUGGCCAAAACCGGGUUCAAUUCAGAUAAGUUAGGAGAAGCGCUAGACGCUGAUUCUCCAUCAAUUUCAGAAGUUUCAUCCGAGGCGAGCAUUGAUGUGGGUGUAAGAGAGGAACUCUUUCUAGCAGGAUACCCCAAAGGAAAUGUGGAACCUGUCGUGCCACAAGGAAUAGAAGUGGUUUCAGCUGACAAUAAGGAUGAAAUCUUCCCCGUAAAUAAAAAGGUGAUUGUGAAUCCGAAAGAAAUGAUGCAAGAGUUCGAUAACAACCUUACUCAGAGGGACUUGUUUGACUUACCGCUGCUCGAUUAUGAUACUCAAAAAGAGAUUCGCCAGAAGUACAACAAACUUCAUACUACCAUUAUAAAAAGAGGCUUAUACAGAUGUGAUUAUGGUGAUUACGUUCGAGAAAUCGUCAAGAUUAGUUCCAUUUUCCUCUAUUCAUUUUCCUUUUUGCGCUUGGGGUACUAUACAAUCAGCGCCAUAUUGAUGGGCUUGGCUUGGCACCAAAUGACAUUUAUUGCUCAUGAUGCUGGCCAUGUGUCUAUCACUCACGAUUAUCAGAUUGACAACCUUUUUGGCAUGUUGAUCGCCGACUGGUUUGGCGGCCUCAGUCUUGGGUGGUGGAAAAGGAAUCAUAAUGUUCACCAUUUGAUCACCAACGAUCCUGUUCAUGACCCAGAUAUACAACAUCUUCCAUUUUUUGCAGUUAGCACGCGACUUUUCAACAACGUUUAUUCCACGUAUUACGACAAAGUCUUGUGGUUUGAUGCAGUGGCAAAGAAGAUGGUGCCCAUGCAAGAAUUUCUCUACUAUCCCAUUCUCGCGUUUGGCCGCUUCAACUUAUAUCGUUUGUCAUGGACGCAUUUGCUUUUAGGCCAAGGUCCAAGGCAUGGUCCAGCUGCAUGGUUUAGAUACUUCGAGUUAGCGGGCUUAUCUUUUUUUUUCUUCUGGUUCUUUGUUUUAGUCAUCGGUAGCGUGGAGGGCGGCUGGAACAAGUUUUCGUAUGUUAUGGUCAGUCACAUUUGUACAAUGCUUGUGCAUGUGCAAAUUACACUCUCUCAUUUUGCCAUGUCCACAGCCGAUCUUGGGGUAAGUGAAAGUUUUCCGUCCCGCCAGUUGCGUACCACAAUGGACGUCGAUUGUCCACAGUGGCUUGAUUUUUUACAUGGUGGUCUUCAGUUCCAGGCUGUGCACCACUUAUUUCCCCGUUUACCUAGACACAAUUUGCGCAAAGCACAAAAGUAUGUGAUUGAUUUCUGUGAGGAGGUUGGAUUGCCAUACUCCAUUUAUGGCUUCGGUAAAGGCAAUGAGAUUGUGAUUGGUAAAUUGGCAGAAAUUGGCAAGCAGUGCUCAAUCAUGCUAGAUUGCACGAAGAAAAUGAAGGAAGACAAUCUUCCCAUUUUAUAG